GUUGCCUUCUAGUUCCGAGGCGGGGGUAGAGGAUGUCUCUACUGAGAUAGGCUUGGCAAGCCCCUCUGACACUGGGCAUGAGGACCAGUUGCAGAGUCAAGUUAUUCCAAAGAGCAAGUGGAAACGGAAGGUAUAUCCGGUGUCCGCAGUGCGUAGGAGUGCUAGGUUGCGUUCGGCAAAAAAAAUUCUACGAUGAAUUAUGAAAGGAAUCUUUUGGAAUAGCAGAGGUCUGAGAGACUUGCUAAAAGAAGGUUUCUUGCUGAGGCGUCUGUCGAACAUCGCUUAGAUUUUAUCGCUCUUUUGGAGACGGGGAGAGAUAAUUUUGCACCUCAGUUUCUAAAUUCUUUGUCGGGAGGUAUUGCUUUUGAUUGGCACUGCUUGCCGCCGCGAGGGCGAUCAGGUGGAAUCUUACUCGGCGUUAGAUGCGAGACGCUUGAGGUUCGCACUGUGGUUAUGGGAGACUUUGCAGUCAAGUUCCGGGUGCGGUCGAAGGAAGAUGGGUUUAACUGGGCUCUGGUUGCGGUUUAUGGGGCUGCGCAACCCGAGCUCAAGCCCGAUUUCCUGGCUGAUCUAGUUCGGAUGUGUGGCUCCGAGCAGCUGCCGUACCUGGUGGGGGGUGACUUCAAUAUUAUUAGGAGGCGGGAGGAUAAGAACAAUGAUAACUUUGACGACAGAUGGUCGUUCAUGUUUAAUACUAUCAUUGAGAGCUUGAACCUGAGAGAAAUUGAGCUCUCGGGCAGAAAAUUUACCUGGGCGAAUGCGCUGCCAAAUCCGACGUAUGAAAAGUUGGACCGUGUGUUGGCUAGUGUCGAUUGGGAACAGAAGUUCCCUCUAGUAACAGUCCAGGCCUUAUCCCGUGGUAUUUCCGACCACACGCCGCUUUUUGUGGACUCUGGUCAGCCCUCCCAUUUGGGGAAUAAGAAUGUAUUCUCCUUUGAGAUGGCUUGGUUUGAGCGUGAAGGCUUCUUUGAUCUUGUGGCUAGAGAGUGGGCUAAGGAUUCAGGAGGCAAGACUGCGCUCCAGCGAUGGCAGAAUAAGAUUAGGCACUUGCGGAGUGUCCUGCGUGGAUGGGCUAAGCAUCUUAGCGGGAUUUAUAAGGUUGAAAAGGAAAGGCUCCUUUCCCUUAUUCAGUCCCUAGAUGUAAAAGCAGAAACCACGCUGCUGCCAGUAGCGGAGCUUCAAGCCAAGAGGGAUGCGGAAUUGAGGCUGAAGGAACUUCUUAGGGAAGAAGAGUUGAAGUGGGCGUUGCGGGCCAAGGUCCGGAGAGUAGUCCAGGGGGAUGCGAAUACUGAAUUUUUUCAUAUGAUUGCUAAUGGUUGUAUUCCGAGCUACGGCGUUGAUCCGUAUGUGGUCCCUACUCACUCCGACGGAGGCCAGGGAGCGUUUGGUUACUGGAUCUGUCCGGUGGGAGAUGGUAGCGCGGGAUAUAUUCAACCGGUUUGGAUGGCGGUCAUGUAAUUGGAUUGGCAAUUAGUUUCCAUUCCUAAUUUUCUGCCAGCCGGUUGUGGCUUUAUGGCCUUUUUAUUUUGUAUCUUCCUGACGAGGUCUAUGUGAGCUCGACGUAGUUUUCUUUUACGACUUUCUUGACAUUGUGGAACUUAUUUUAUUUAUCAAAGUGGCCGUAUGCAUCCUCCUGAUGUAGAGGCCGGGUAUCACCCCUUUUCCAAAAAAAAGACGCAUGUGAUGUGCCCGCUGCUGCAUGGCAUGCACACACAACAAAGCAUGUUGAUGCUGCGUCGACAAGUCACGCAGCGGUGCGUC